AAUUCUCGCGAGGUUUCGGCCCGGACGCGAGGCAGCAGCGGCGAUUCUGUGACGGGUGCGGGAUGCGCUCCGAAAAGGAGGGCGGCGGAGGCCCCCGGGUGGCCGUUGUUGCGCGGGGCCCGAGCGGGAGGGAGAAGGCUUUGCCCGCGGAAAUUCAGAUCUGCCAGGAAUCUCUGCGGCGAGAGCCCGACACGCCACUGGCCCCGUCCUCCGGUAGUGGGGGAAACGGAGGCAAACCUCGCGAGGAAAAGAGAACGGUUUUGAGCAAGGUGGUUGUCCGGCGGCUCCCUCCCAGCCUCACCAGGGAGCAGUUGGAAGAGCAGCUCCAGCCCCUGCCCGCACACGAUUACUUUGAGUUCUUUACUGCUGAUCUCAGUCUUUAUCCUCAUCUCUACUCAAGAGCAUACAUUAAUUUCAGAAAUCCUGAUGACAUCCUUCUUUUUAGAGAUCGUUUUGAUGGAUAUAUCUUCAUUGACAGUAAAGGCCUAGAAUAUCCUGCAGUGGUAGAAUUUGCUCCAUUCCAGAAGAUAGCCAAAAAGAAGCUAAAGAAAAAAGAUACCAAAACCGGAAGCAUUGAAGAUGAUCCAGAAUAUAAGAAGUUUUUAGAGACUUACUGUGUGGAGGAGGAGAAAGCUGGUGCCAAUCCUGAAACUCUUUUGGGAGAUGUAGAGGCAAAGACAAGAGAACUUAUUGCCAGAAGAACCACACCUCUUUUGGAAUAUAUUAAAAAUAGAAAGUUAGAAAAGCAGAGAAUUCGAGAAGAAAAGCGAGAAGAACGGAGGAGGAGGGAGUUGGAAAAGAAACGCUUACGGGAAGAAGAGAAAAGACGACGCCGGGAAGAGGAGAGAUGUAAGAAGAAAGCAGCAGAAAAGCAAAAGAAAACUGCUGAGAAAGAAGUAAGGGUGAAGCUUCUCAAGAAACCAGAAAAGGGAGAAGAGCCAGGCACUGAGAACCCUAAGGAAGGAGGAGAAGCGAUUGACUUUGGAGGUGGGAGCCGAGAACCAGGUCCCAGCUGUGCAGGCGUGACACCCAGGCCCUCAGAGAGUUCACUGGAGGAACUCCCAGAACCGUCACAAAAUGACAGUGAUAAAGAGCAAAGGGACAUGGAGAGAAGAUGCCAAGAAAAACAACUGGAAGCAGAGAGACACUACUUGGAUGACAACAGAAGGCACAGAGCUCACUCUGGGUUGGACAAGUUUUCAGGAAGAAGCGAGGAGGAGCCGAGAUGGGGCAGAGGAUUCACCCCAGACAGAGGCAAGAGAGGGAGCCAGGAUGGGCGUGUCCCUGUGGAGGCGGCAGAGAGACCAGGAAGGGAGAGGAGUGACGACGGACUGGCGCCCAGGAGGGAGCGCUUGGGAAACAAGGACCGGCUGGGCUCGCAGCCGUAUCAGCCCAGAACUUGCAUCCGAGCCCUCGAAUGCGGUGGAAGACCCUCUGAGGGGGGCCGUGAUGGCAGGAGGGGUGAGGCAGAAGACUCAGCAGGGGCUGCACCUAAGAAGAGUGAAGAGGCAGAGCCUGCCCAUGAGUGCCUGGGGAAUCCUGCCCGGCCUCCCGUGGAGUAGAAAGACAUUCCAAAAAUGCGUAAAUUAGCCUGGAAGAAAGCCAGCAAGGUAAAUUUACUCCUUCUAAAUAAACAAGAAACCAGAACCAUAAAGGUGGCAUAGAAACAUCUAGAAACUAUUCUUAAGAAGUGAUCUUUAAAAAAUUAGGACAGAGUUUUCAUUUUUACCAUUUCUGACAUAAACUAGUAUAUAUAAAUUAGCCAAAACAGAAAAAAACAUCUGCUUUAGAAAGCAGAAAACUGUGACCCAAACUGGAAGAAAACUGGUGUGGGAUCAGUGUGAAUUCUGAGGCACUUUAGACACGUUGUAGGAGUAACUUGGACUUUUGAGUUUUGCACAUCCACAGGCACAUGAUCUGUCGGUGUCCCUGUUUGACUGUGCUUCUUUGUUGGGUUUUCUGGGCUGUAGUCUCUGGAGAGCAAGCUGCUCCCAUUCCAUUACAAUCUCUGUAAUUCACACACUGUCUGUGUAAGGAUUCCCUGAGGUCUGUUGUGUGGCAGUCCCACUGUAUAAAGCCCAGCAGCUUUAAAAGUUGCCCUUUUCACAAUAUGGCCACUGAGUUCAUGAAGGUAGUUUCAGUCUUUGGUGGAUGUGCUUGUGGUUGAUAACAUAAAUGGCGUUCUUUUGAGAGAGGUAGGUAUGGCAUCGAGGGUUUUCUUUUUGCAGUGUGAAGCAGCUUUAAAAUAAUGUAGCUUUCACAACUGUGCAUUUUAUAGUACUUUUCCCCUUUAGUGAAAUUUUUGAAUGUUAAUGAUUUUGGCACUGUGCUUUGAACUGUUAACUAAAUAAAGAUUUUAGUUGCUAUGAA